UCUUCCUUCGUUUUUUACACUGGAUAGGUUUUUUAUUGUCUUUCUCUCUCUCCAAUAGGUAUAAAUAGUUAUAAAUAUACUGAAUUAGGUUUUUAAAUUUUGAUUAAUGAUUAAUGAAUAUUUUGAAUUAGGUUUUUAUUUUUCUUAACAGAUUUCUUUUUUUUAUUUAUUUAUGUGUGUUACUGUGUAGGGCUAGGUAAUAGUAUCAAAUAUCAAUGGCUGAAUCUCGUAAUGCAUCUUCGGCGGCAUCUUCGGCAGCCAAUUGUGAUGCCUUGAUGAAAAAAAAAUCAACUGAUGUUGCAUGGGACUAUGCAGUUAUUGUGGAUGCUAGUAAUAAGGAACGUUUAAGAUGCAUUUUGUGUGGGAAUGUUUAUAAUGGAGGGAUUAAUAGGAUGAAAAAACACAUAGCUCAGAUUAAGGGAGAAGUUGCCUCAUGCACUAAAGCAAGCAAGGAAGAUCAAUUAAAGUGUAAGCAGGCACUUGAUUAUAUAGCAGCUAAAAAGCUAGAGAAGAAGAAACAAGUCAUGAAUCUUAGGGAGGAAGUGAAUGUAAUACAUGAAAGUAAUGGAUUCGAAGAUAAUGAAGUUGGAAAUGUAGGAUCAAAGAAGAGGCCUUAUGAUCUUGGUCCCAUGGAUAGCUACACAGAGAUCAAUCCCGAUGGUUCUAACACGAGUGGAUUUAAGAAGACAAGACAACAAAACUUAAAUGAUGCAAUUUGGAAGGAGAGGAGUCAUCAGGUGAAUCAAUACUUGGCUCGAUGGGUGUACGAAGCCGGUAUUCCAUUUCAUGCUGUAGACAAUGAUAGCUUCAAACGUUUUGUUGAAGCGGUUGGUCAAUUUGGCCCGGGAUACCGACCCCCAAGCCAAUACCAACUAAGGGAGCCAUUGUUGAAGGAAGAGGUGGAGAGAACCAAAACAUUACUCAAGAAGCAAGAAGCAGAGUGGGCUUCAACGGGUUGCUCUAUCAUGACCGAUGCUUGGACGGACCGAAAGAGGAGAAGCAUUAUGAACUUGUGCGUUAAUUGUAAGCAAGGGACUUGUUUUCUUUCUUCCAAGGAAGAUUCAGAGGUGUCGCACACGGGGGUGUAUAUCUUUGACUACAUUGACAAGUUCAUUGAAGAUAUUGGGGUGCAAAAUGUAGUUCAAGUAGUCACCGACAAUGCAUCCAAUAACAUGGCUGCAGCAGAUUUGUUAAAAAUCAAGAGGCCUAACAUAUUUUGGACCUCAUGCGCCACCCACACAAUCAACCUCAUGCUUGAAGGAAUCGGUAAGCAAUCUAAGUUUAAAGGAAUUAUUGAGAAGGCCAAGACGUUCACUAUAUAUGUUUAUGCUCAUCAUAAUACAUUGGCAAUGAUGAGAAAAUAUACGAAGAAGAGAGACAUAAUGAGGCCUGGUGUUACUAGAUUUGCGACCGCAUUCUUGACUUUACAAAGCUUAAUGAAAAAGAAACAAGAUUUGCGGACGAUGUUUAGUAGCGAUGCAUGGGGCAAUAGUAAAUGGGCUAAGAGCGCAAAGGGGAAAGCAGCAUAUGCUACCGUGAUGAGUAUGGCAUUUUGGAAUGGCGUAAGUUUAUGCUUGAAAGUAUUUGCUCCAUUGGUGAUGGUUCUUCGACUUGUUGAUGGGGAUCGGAAGCCCGCAAUGGGCUUUGUAUAUGGAGAGCUCAAAAAAGCAAAAGAAGAGAUCAAAGAGGCAUACAAACAAGUUGAGACUAACUACCGACCAAUACUUGAUGUCAUUGAUGUAAAAGCCAAGGGUCGGCUAGAUAGUGCAUUGCAUUUGACGGCUUACUUUUUGAAUCCUUUUUACUUCUUCAAGGAUUCCACCAUUCAAGAUGAUCCUAUUAUCAUGGAUGGGGUUCUUGUUUGUGUUGAAGCUUUCUUUCCCGAUGAUAUCAAUGUUCAAGAUGAAGUCAUUAAUAGAGAGUUGUUGAAGUACAAGAACAAAGAUGGUGGAUUUGGAAGACCAUUAGCCGCAAGGGGAUGUGGGACGAACGAUGACUCUUAUGAUCCGGUUGGAUGGUGGUCUAAUUAUGGCAAUCAUACAUCCAAUUUGAAAAGAAUGGCCACUCGAAUCCUCUCUUUGACUUCAAGUUCAUCGGGGUGUGAGAGAAAUUGGAGCACUUUUGAGGGAAUACAUACAAAGAAAAGAAAUAGACUAGAUGCGACAAGAUUGAACAAUCUAGUGUAUGUCCAAUUCAAUGCCAAACUCAUCAACAAUAAAAGAAAAGGGAAGGAUGUAUUACGUUCUUGUGAAGCAACAAAUGCACAAGGAUGGAUUGUUGAAGGUGGUGACGAAGAAGUUGACCCUGUUUCGGGACUUACAUGGGAGGUGAUUGGGGAAGCUACAGGAGCGGAUGAAGUCCUUCAACCUAGAAGAAGUGCUAGAAAUGUUGGAGUACGAGAGCUAGAUGAAGAAGAUUUUGUGUCGGAAGAUGAAACCAAAGAGGAGGUAGAUGAGGAUUUUGAAUUUGAAUCCGAUGGAGACCAAGUUAUGGAGGCAUAUGGAGAAGAAGAGGAGGAAUAAUUGACUACUAAUUUCGUACUUCGUUUCCUUUGGUUUGAACGUUGAACUUUGUAAUUGACUAUUCAUUUUGUACUUGGUUUAAUUUGGUUUGAACGUUAAACUUUGCUAUGGACUAGUAAUCUUGUACUUAGUUUCAUUUGGUAUGCAUUAUAAAUAUCAUUUUGCAAACAUAUAAAAAAAAAUCCAAGUAAUUUCUA